CACGCCUCUUUCUUCUCUUCCUCUCCCUUCCGUCUCUCUCCUCGCCGCGGCGCACACACCUCCCGGCCUGGCUGCCGCCGUCUGAGCCAGCAUCGUUGUUCCCCGGCGGACAGCGGCCCGCUGGCGCACCCCGCACAACUCACCGCCUCGCAUCCACCACACUCCCUUGCCCCAUGGCCGCCGCCCUCUCGCCGGCGCUCAAGGCCGCCUUUGAAGCUGCGUCGCUGCCGGGAGAUGCAGCGCCCCCGCGUGCGCUUCAUGUAGUGCCGCAGGCGCGCGGCGCCCUCGAGCUCGAAGCGCAGCUGCCGCCGGCCGCCGGCAAGACGGACCGCGAGGAGUGGGAUGGCACGCUGAAGCAGAUCUUCUCGGCGGCGCCGACGACGCCGGCCUACGUGCUCUGGCGCCUCGACACGUGCUCCUCAGCUGGUCUGUACGAGUGGCUGCUCGUGGCCUUCCGCCCGGCCGGCGCGCCCGUGCGCCAACGCCUCCUCUACCCGACGACGCUUGAGGGCAUCCAGUCGGGCCUGGGCGAGUGGAACUUCCUCGACAUCGUCUACGGCUCGUCGCCGACCGACUUCACGUACCCGACGCGUCUGCGCAACGCCCGCAAGCACGACUAUCAGAACCCUCAGGUACGCAUCCAGGCGCCCGCUUCCGAGGCCGCUGGAGCAAGUGUGGGCGGCGCCCGCCGCGCCUUUGCGCCCAUCGUCGGCGGCGCGAUCAAGUCCGCCGGCUCGGCUCAGCCAAAGGCGCCCUCUCCCGAGCCGCGUGCUGCGGUAGCGCCCGCAAAGGCGCCGGUCGCUGCUGCCGUGCCCGAGCAGAAGGCUGCGGCGCCUGUAGCCGAGGCCAGCCCGCUGCCCAAGGACGAGCCGGCGCCUGCGCCGUCUCUUCCUGAGCCCGUGGCCGAGCCCGAGGUCGCGUCUGCGCCGCUGGCGGCUCCCGAGCCGGAAGCGACUGAGGAGCACGGCGAGGCGUUUGGCGCCGUGGAGCAGGUGAAGCCGCCUUCCGAGAAGGAGAUCGCGGAGGUCAUCGCCGCUCCCGCACCCACGCCUCUGCCGCCUCUGCCAGCGGACGCGCCCUUGCCGCCGGCACCGCAGGUGGAGGAGCCGCAGCCGGAGCUCGACGCCAGCGAGAGCACGGCGGCCGAGGUUCCGGCAGAAGUGCUCGAGGUGCCGCCGCCGCUGCCCGCAGACGCGCCUCUGCCGCCUGCGCCAAGCGCGUCGGACGAGCCUGCGCCGAGCGCCGAGGAGACGCAGCACGCUCUGGAGCCACUGCAGGACGCGGAAGAGCCGGCAGCUGCCGACGCCGAGGUCGCGCCGCCUCUCCCGGUGGACGCGCCGCUACCGCCGGCGCCGCUGCCGACGGAUGAGGACGCGCCCGACGCGGAGGAGGCGCAGCGCGCUCUCGAGCCGAUGCAGGGUGUCGAGUCGACCUUGGACGCCGCUCCUGAUGCUGCCGCUUCGCAUCCAGAUGAGGCGGAGCAGCAGAACGCGCCGGAGUCGAGCGACGCCGCUGUGCCGCUCGUAAUCGCCGACGCCUCUGCCAACGGCAGCGACGCCCAGGCACCCGCGUCUCCGGCGACGGGCGGCGCUCCGCGUGGCGGUGCCGAUGCGCGCAAAAAGUGGGCCUCUGCGGCAUCUCGCCGCUGGGAGGUCGCUGGCUCGCCUGCCCUGCCGGUACCGCGGUCGCCUCCCGCGGCAGACGUGUUCGGCGACGCAGACCACCAGCUCCCCGAGGCGUCUGGCAGCAAUUUGUCGUCCAGUGCGGCGUCCGGCGGCGUCAGCAUCGCCCAGCUGCGCCAGUCAAUACGGCAGAGCAGCGAGAUCCACAGCUUGUCGGGCUCUCUGGGUGCCUCACGGGGUCCCAAGACGCCUCGGAGCCCCACUGCCGACGCCGACGAGUUCGGCGCGCUGACAUCGGCAGACGUCGGCGACGAGCUCAAUCCGACGAAGCGCGUGUCGGUGCUCGACUUUCUGAACGCCGAGCCUCGGGUCGAGGUGCGAAGCUCGCCGAGCCGGAGCGUCGCGCCGCGUGCAUCGCAAGAACCACAAGGGACGGGCGUCGCGGCGUCGCCUUCUGUAGGCACAUCUUCUUCUCCGAACGGAGCGACAGACGCUGCGCAGCCGAGGCCACGCCCCCCGCCAAUCUCGGCACAAGCCGGCAACCGCAUGUCGACGCUCUUGCCUCGCGAGCCGACGACCGCUCCGCUGCCCUCAACGAGUCCGUCACUCGCCGGCACAUCGCGCUUUGCCGCCGCGUCGCCGCGGAUAGACGGGCCGCUAUCCGCAUUUGAGUUCUUGCAGGGAGAGCCCCGGGGCAACGUCCGGCCCCUGGACGGUCCUGCGUCUGCCACGCCCGGCCCAUCGUCGAAGCGACGCCCGUCGAGCUAUGCGCCGUCCGAGCGCAAGCUCAAGGUGCGCGUCACGCCGGUCAGCGACCAGGUGACCAUGUUCGGCUCCACUCAGACAUCCUCAAACUACUCGAUCUCCGGCACGGUCAUCAUCACGAUCGCGCCGCGUGAGAUUCCCGCCUUUGCGAGCAGCACUGGUGCGCAGGGCACGCCGACUCGCAGCGAGAUGCGGCGCGCCACUACGCCAGCCUCGCCAUCCGACCCGUCGAUGUCGCCCACGACGCCGCGCUUCCGCCCGGAGCCAUUGGGCAAGUCCGCCAGCGACACCGAGCAGCCGCCCUCGCCUCUGGUCAGGCGGACAAGCGUCGCAUCGCCGCGAGGUAGGCCCAUGUCGCCGAGAAGCAGCGCUGGCCUGGCGACACCAGGAGGGCGUCCGCUCUCCACGGACUUCUCACACAUGCUGCCUGCGCUGGACUUUGGCCUCGGACCGAGCUACUGGGACGCUGAUGGCAUGUCACGGCGACCGAGCGGAGGCGUAGCGCUGGACGACGCAGCCGUAGCGACCUCAAGCGCAGCGAAGACCGAGCAGGCCGUGCCAGAGGUGCUCGUACAUGCUAGCUCACCGAGCGCGGCUCGCAGACCGCGGCCCAAGGCUCCGGUGCCCGACAGCGAGCGCGAGAAGCAAGACGAGCUGAAGGUGACCUCGUUGAAGGUCGCUUUCUCAGGCUACUCGUUCUACGCAGACCAUGCUGGGCGCUUCUCAGCUGUCCGCCUGGCCGAAGUGGUGCAGGAGCUGCUGCCGACCGGAUCGAACCUCCCAAUCUCGGGCGUCGUCCAGCCGCACACGCCGCUGAAGUACGACAUCCAGUUUGACCUCUCGAUCCCCGGCUGGCUGCCCGCGACGUCUUGGACGAAGUUCGGCGGCACCUUCUACUGCGUGCACGCCGAGGCGCGCUACCUCGAGACCGACGGACGGGCGCAUCGCACAAUCUCGACACUGCUCAGCUCGCCGCACCGCGCCAGUGCGCCGAGCGGGCUUAGAGUCGCGCCAGAUGCGGGGCUGCCUCACAUCAACGGAGCUGAGCCCUCCUCGCCUCGUCCUUCUGGACUGGCCCAGCAGCGGCCGUCGGGCUCUAGGCCGUCCGCGAGCCCGUCGCCCGCACGACUCUCGGUCAGCGAGCGUCGCGACAACGCGUCGUCCGGGACCGAGGGCGACUCAGCGGCCGAGGCUGGCCCCUCAAACGGUCCAGCACGCAGCGGAGGAAGCUGGCUGGGCAAGCGUGCCCGCCAGCUGCAGUUCCGCAAGAGCACGGCAGUACCGCCGAGUCCGGUGACUCCGACCACGCCAAGCAUGCUCUUCGGCACGCCCGAGAACCCCGUCGAGCCGGUUCGCCCGCCCAUGACCUCUCGAAGACGCCGAAGGCGCGCUCCUGAGAUCGAGCCGAACGACGGCUCGCUGAAGGCACGAAGCCGCACGUCGGUCAUCAUCGUCAGGCGAUGCCGCGACGUUGUGCCAGUGCCAGUGGCGCGGCUCGCCAUCGUCGGUCCGGAAGGGUUGCCGUCUGUGCCUCAAGAUCCGCCGAACUGGGUGCCCAGUGCUCGUCCCGACUCGGCAGAGAGAGCCAACGAGCAGGUGCCUGCGUCACCGAGCGCGACUCUUGCCAGUCCUGCUAGAGCUACGCCGGCGGCGCCUGGCAUCGAAGGCAGUCCGAGACCGGGAGUUGCCUCGGCGAUCCCCGCUUCGCAGCUUCAAACAGCGCUCAGCGAGGCGUCAGCAGGCGCGCGACCUGCACGUCUGCUCACGCCGCUCGACUCCCCUCGGCCGCGUCUCACUCCGCGAGUCUCGACCGAGGCGCUCAACGAGAGCGCAUUGGCGAGCAUGUUGCCUCUCGCGCCUAGCACGCUCGAUGCGCCCAGCGACCCUGCCAAGUUCGCGGCCUUUGCGCGAGCGCCUGCGACGCCAGUGCGCGGCUCGAGUGCUGUGGGCAAUCGCAGCCCUGGCAACACUCCCAGCGGAGAUGCGAGGCAAAGUCGCGGUAGCUCUUCGAGAACCUCGAGCUCGAACAACGCCAUGCGGCACUUCCUCCAUCGUCCCGUCUUGCAUCCGCCUUUCGACUCUGGCAUCGCACCGGGCGACUGCGACACCAGCGAUGGCGGCCUGUCGUUUUCCCUCACGCUGUCGCUGCCGUCGCACGUGCAGGUCGGCGGGCCGAAGGCCGACAUGCUGAGCUUCGGCGUGCAGAUUGAGGUCGGCCGCUCGCUCGGCUGGUCCAAGGUGCGCGGGAUGGGCGGUCUCCGUCUGCGCGACAUGGACCUUGUCUGCGUGCAGCAGGAGCGCCACUGUUCGAUUCCUUCGCGCACCUUCUGCAACGCCUUUCCGCUGCCGACAGAACCCGCCGUCGAUGCUCAGGACCUGCCGGAUCUCAUCGGACAGACGUCCAUGCGUGAAGAAGCAACCAUGACGUCGGACGAGCUCAAGAAGCGGAACGGCUACGACCACCAGCUCGUGCUGAACCACGUCAAUCUCACAAAGGCAGGUCAGGCGCCCGACGCUGACAUGAACGCCGUCGAGCGCCUGCGCACGGCGAUCGUCGGGCCGCCGCCGACGGCCAAAGAAGCGCAAGGCGAGGCGAAGGGCAAAGGCAAGGGCAAGGACAAGUCGAUGAGCAGGACGCCGACUCGCAGCGUGCAAGGGCCCUCUCUUGCCGAAGCAGAGCGCCGAGCUCGUCGCAUGCAAAUGGAGCGGUCGCGAGCGCAGGCCGCGUCGGCCGCUCGCUCUGGCCCAUCCGGCUCGCGCCUCGCUUCGACCGUGACCAUCAUGGAGCCUCCCUCGCCAAACCCGUUCGCACCCAGCGUGGCCGACGAGGCCAACGCGGAGGGCACCACGCCCGGAGGGCGCCGCGUUGGCCGUGGACGGCGCGCAUACGAGACGGCCAUGCGCGGCCUCUCGACCUUUGCCAACGCGCUCGCCGAGAUGAGCAUCGACGGCGACGUCGACUUCAACAACACGGGCGCGCCGCUGCCGAGCGACCUGCGCCGCGCUGCAGCCGCCAAGGACGUGCUCGACGACGACUCCGAUGGCCCUCGAGCAACGUACCACUUCGCAGGCGACGACGGCCACGGCGUUGAUCUGACGCGCGGCAGAGUGCGCAUGACGAUCAACCUGCCACUCACGCCCGCCUCGGCGACUGUCGCACGGCAGCACAAUGUGCCGCGCCUCGUCGCCGACUUCGAGUCGCCGUACGUGCGCAUCAAGCACAAGCUGCGCGUCAAGCUCGGCUUUGGCUUCGGCUCGAAGCCGCUCGGUGGCGACAAUGACUGGGGUCAGGCGCUCGUGCUGCAGGUGCCCGUGCGCUUCACCGAGGCUGCUCCGAAGGACGUGCGCGAGCAGUUCGCUCCGAUGAACCUCGCGACCGUCGCAGCGGGUCCCUCUGGCGCCCUGGCCAUGCCGCUGCCGACGAUCCAGCAGGACAGUCACUCGGCGCCUGUGCUGCCGGCAUACGCCCAGCUCUUCCGCGAGGAUGGCUCGCGCCUGGCCGACGAGGGCGAGGACCUGCCGCAGUACCCAGGACCCGCAGCGGCUAUGGCAGCGGCUGCGCGAGGUGCUGUCUCGGCAGGCAGCCCGCGUCUCGGCGGAAGCGUGUCACGCUCGCGCGCGUCUUCCAUCACUGGGCGUCCGGCCUCCGGCGUCGCAGCAGGCGGGCCGCUCUCCAAUCACGUCCUGCCGAGCAGCAUCUACGACGAGGCGCCCGACGCAGGCUCGCCGGAGGCGGCCGAGCGCGACCAGGAGCGCGAGCUGCAGGAACUGCGCUCCGAGGCCGAGAUGCUCGCCGUGCACGUCGACGACGCCUCGUCCGAGGACGAGGACAUGCUGCGCCCCAGCGCCCUGCAGCGCUCGCGGCUGGACGAGACGAUCAACGCAAGCGAUCUGGAGGAGGAGGAGCACGGCGCGCUGAUGCACAGCAGCAGCGACCACGGAACCCACUCGCCGCUGCCGCACGGCGGCGACAGCACCACGGACACCAGUAGGCGCGGCAGCGUGGCCACGGGCCUCGACAGCGCGCACGGCUCGUCGUCGCCGGCGCCCAGAGCCUCGCAGGACAGCGCUCGGUCGUGAAAGCAAUGGCAGUGAUGCAGCAGUG